AUCGUCCUUUGCCCGUAGUUGAAGAAUGAGCCAGUGAGAGAAAAGGAGUUCGAGUCACAUUUUAGAUUUUGUUUUAUUUACUUUACCUCAUGUUUAUUUGAACAUUGUCUUGAUGUUUUUCAUGUGCGUUCUUGGUUUGUACGUUCGUUACGUGUAGUUACGUGUGUUUGCUAUGUUUAAUAACUGAUUUAUGUGAGCCUCAUCCGCUAGUUGGUUAGCAAAGAGCCUCUGCCGCUGCGAUGAUGGAAACUUGAGCUGCUAAAAGCAAACACUGAUUCAGCCCCUCAGACCACCCAAACGCAGGACCCCUGUGCUAGACAGCAAAAUGCAGACCAUAAAGUGUGUUGUCGUCGGUGAUGGCGCAGUAGGAAAGACCUGCCUGUUGAUCUCCUACACCACCAACGCCUUCCCAGAUGAAUACAUUCCUACGGUGUUUGACAACUACAGCACUCAGACCUGCGUGGACGGCCGUGCCGUGAGCCUCAACCUGUGGGACACGGCCGGUCAGGAGGAGUACGACCGCCUGCGAACCCUCUCCUACCCACAAACGCACGUGUUUAUCAUCUGUUUCUCUGUGACCAGUCCUUCUUCUCACGCCAACGUUAGGCAUAAAUGGCACCCAGAGGUGUGCCACCACUGUCCGGGUGUGCCUGUGCUGUUGGUGGGCACUAAGAGAGACCUCCGGGCAGACAAGGAGACCCUGGAGAAGCUUAAGGAGCAGGGAAUGAGUCCAACGACUCCCCAGCAGGGCAGCGCUCUAGCUCGCAGCAUCGGUGCGGUUCGGUAUCUGGAGUGCUCAGCUCUUCUGCAGGAGGGAGUCAGAGAGGUUUUCAACGAAGCAGUCAGGGCUGUUCUCUACCCAAAUGCCAAGAAGCACACCAAAAAAUGUGUGCUCUUAUAACUGCAGGAAGGUGUGUGUGUGUGUGUGUGUCUGAGAAAGUCAGUGAGUUUUUAUGAUGGGUGGAAUGUAAGUUUGUAAUGUGAUCAUCUUGUUGAUUUGACUCUGCAAGUGUGUGUUGCUACCACUUUAUGUUUGUAUAUCUCUACACUACAGAUAGCAAUGGGUGCAUAGACUGUUAAUGAGAGAGCUUGAAACUGAUACUGUGUGUUUGUGUAUUCGUGUUUAAACUUUAUACAUAUCACCUAGGAUGUAACUACAGGACUACAGUGUUGAAAUCUGAAGUCCAGCAGAAAUAGGCAGUGGGGUGGAUUUGACUUUUGCCUUCUUAUAAUGCCUUAAAUCCAGCAUAUGCAGACAGCAAAAAGAUUUUUAGGUAAUGCUCAGAGGAUAUUCCAUGCACCAAAGCGUGAACUCAGUCUAAUGUGUCUGGUGGUCUUGAUUCUCCUUCAGCACAUCAGUACAGACAGAUUGAACCAUCAAUGCCAGCCAUGCCUUUAUUGUGAGUUGUUAAUGAUCUCUGUUUGAUUGAUUGGCUUUUAAAUCAAGUAGUGCUGUGUAAACCCAGUGUGCCUUUAGCGGCUUAGCCCGAGCUUGGCUCCUCCUUUUACAACUCACAACUCCUCUGCUCAUUUCAUCUAGGGUGCUACUUUGGUGCCAGCUCACAAACAUUUAGUGCUGGAAUACUGUAUGAGGGCUAUGUUAGUUCACAGCUAACCUGCCUCCUUACGUAGCUGCAAAUGAAGGUAUAUAUGCUGUUUCGACACUCUUGAGGAAAAAUGAAGAUCUUUCUGUAUUUGGAGGCUUUUCCCUUAAUCCUCAGAAUUUACAACCCCGAAGCUAAAGUGCCACUAAUAUUUGUAUAAUGUUAUAUUUUACAUGAAUGUUGAUCCACUCAAAUGAAGUGCCCCAUUAAGAACAGGUGAAGGAGGAUGUAAGCUCUUUGUCCUAUACCUUUCAUGAGGUUUAGGCUUCAGUUGGGUCCACAUUUGCAUUUUAUAUAUUGAAUGUCUAGUACCUUUUGUAUUAUAAACAGUGUUUUUUUUUCAACCAAAGGCUGCUUUCUCAGCCACUUUUGUGACACUAAUAAUACACCAAAAAUGCGCUCAAUUUGUUUUUGUAUUAAAGCUGUUUUUACUUCUUAAAAUUGUCUUUAUUUUUAAAUAUAUACCUCCAAUUGCAUGACAAAAUAAACCAGUUUU